GCACAAGUAGUAAUUUCUGUAUAUUAUAAACCUUUGUUGUGACGGUUGGUCAUGACUGAAUUUUCGGUACAACUAUAAUCAGAAAUUUUCUAAAGCUAGUUGUUAUCGGUGAAAAAAAAAAGUCUUCAUGAUUUUGUGACAGAUGUAAUUUGUACAUUUUGCUGUAUUAAGUGAGUGUUCUUCGCAAAAGAGUGUAACAAAAAAAUGAUUUCUAAAUUGGCGAUCACUUUCAUUUGUAAGGAAAAUAUUCAUUGAAUCAACGAUGUUUCAAAUACUAAAUAGGAAGAAAGGUAUACUCGUGAAAUCAUUGAAACGAUAUUUUGUUGAAAAAAUGGAGAAUCGUUCUGCUGUCAGAUUUUGGUACAGAAAAAAUAUUAGAAACUCUAAUUCAAAACGUUAUCAUGUCUCUAAAGAUGGCGGCAUUUUGGGCGAGUCAAAGUUGUCGACGUGUAUCAUCCUUACCGGUUUGCCGCGUCGGUCAGGGAGAGUUGAGGGGAUUAUUGAAGAAGGUGAUCCGUGAAGUUUUUAUACAGAUAUAUAAAUGUCUCGAUAGUGCUAACACAUUACAAACAAGUAUAAAAACAGUACAAGUUGCAAGUGGUAUAAACGUGUGGUGAGUGCGCGUUUCGACUCGGGGAAUCGUGUGCUCCGAAAUUGCGGCGUACUCGAACAGAACCUCAAAAAGCGAACAGAUAUAUAUUUCAUAUCUUGUAGAAAGAGGCUAGUACGUGCUCUUCGAUAAAAAAAAAAACCAGCAAGUCGAAUGUUUCAAAUCUCGUAAAAAUAAUACGGAGAGGAUUGGAAUUUUGGUUUUCCUGCCGUUUCGGCACUUUUGCCGAAUCCUUCGUUCUCAACGUACCCCAAUUUUAGGGGUAGAUUUUUUAAACGCUGAGUAAAAACAACAAAGCAAGAUGGUAUAUAAGUGCAAUUUUUUAAAUAUUUUUACUACAUUGCUCGUAUUUUUGAUCGAGCGUGGUGGCCACGCAGACGGUAGUCAAUUGCCUCAUGUUCGUGGUAUCCCACUGUCAAAAAAUGCUGUCUAUGCUCCGAAUCGUGAUUUUGAAUGUCUCGAUGGCAGUAGAUUGAUGAGUUUUGAUCGUGUAAACGAUGACUAUUGUGACUGCGGAGAUGGUAGUGAUGAGCCUGGAACCGCUGCGUGCCCAAACGGCGUUUUUUUUUGUCAAAACACAGGCCAUAUCUCUAGGUAUUUACCAUCCAGUCGUGUCAACGACGGAGUUUGUGAUUGCUGCGAUGCCAGUGACGAAUGGGCUUCGGACGCACAGUGUCUCCAAAACUGUCAUGAACUUGGUAAAGAAGCCAGAAAAGAACUUGAAAAAGCUGCUGAGCUGCUUAAAGAAGGUAGCAAAAUAAGAUUGGAAAUGAUUGCAAUUGGGAAGCGAUUGAAGACUGAGAAUCAAGCCAACCUCGUUAAGUUACGACACGAUAUGGAGGAAGCCGUUUUGAUUAGAAAAGAAAAGGAAGUCACUAAAACUUUGGCAGAAGAGAGAGAAAAUGCUGCUCUUGAAAAAUACAAACCUGUGGAACCACAAGUACCUGCAGAACAGCCAGGCAUCGAAGCAACCGAUUACUUUAAAAUGUUGGAUUCCGAUGAGAGCGGCAUUGUUACUCUUGCCGAAAUUACAACUAGGGUCACUUUCGAUAAGGAUGGUGAUGGAGAGGUGACCGAAGAAGAAGCACUCUUCUUCUUGAAUAAUAAGAAGGAAAUUAGUAUGGAAGACUUUGUUAAUUUAGCUUGGCCAUUGAUCAAACCUUUCGUCAUGAGAGAACAGGGAUCGUUUAAACCACCGACUGAAAGAGACGAGAAGGAGGAAGUUCAGGAGGAACAUGACGAUUUACCGGAACAUCCGGCGGAAGCGGAUAUAGAGACGGGAGGAGAAUUCGAGGCCCCGGAAGAAGAGGAAGACGAGGAGCAGGAGCAGGAGCCUCACGAAAAGACACCGGAAGUUCAAUACAACGAAGAAACUCAAGCAUUGAUCGACGAGGCAACUCGAGCUCGAGAACAGUAUCAGCAAGCCGAGAAAGCCUGUUCGGAGUUGCAAAUGAAAAUCAGAACAUCCGAAGAGAAAAACGAAAGGGAUUAUGGACCGGAAGAAGAAUUCGCACCUCUCGAUGGCGAAUGUUUCGAGUAUCGUGAUUCGGAGUACGUGUAUUCUAUGUGUCCGUUCGGCAGAGCGACACAACGUUCUAUUUCAGGUGGUUCCGAAGUGAACCUUGGUCAUUAUCACGAAUGGGCCGGUCCGGAAACGAACAAAUACUUAAAAAUGAAGUACGACCGUGGUUUGACGUGUUGGAACGGUCCGGCUCGUAACGUUCUUGUAAAUAUUCGUUGUGGUACGGAAAACCGUCUUGUUUCGGUCUCGGAGCCAAGCAGGUGCGAAUACGCGAUGGAAUUUAUAACGCCGGCUCUUUGUAAUCCGGAUAUCGAUAGGCGUCAUUUCCACGAGGAAUUGUAAGGAGAAUAACGUCGCAAAACCUUCGAAGAACCAAAAGAACAAUUCAAAACCACACAGAAAACGAGGCAACCAAGUAUUUUCGUAACCAACAAAGAAACUGAGAAAAGAAACGAAUUAAGGAACAAAACGUACAUGCACGAGCACAUGUUUUUUUAAACGAUUAUACGAUCAAACGUAUUUAACGCUCGAUCUUUUUAACCUUGUUCAAUAUCAAUCUCGACAAAUGGUCGUGAGUAUAAAAUCACACUAAAACGAAAUUCCUCGUGAACCGUGUUUCCCGAUCGAUGCGUAAUCGGGUAUGAAAAGAGUGAUUAAAAAAAUUUUAUAUCCUACAUUAUACAACUGUUCAUAAACGAAAAAACUGAUUUUUUUUCUUUUUCAUCCGUCAUAUCACUCAAAUUUGUACCACCGUGAAACAUCAAAAAAUUUAUUUUAAUUGCGAAACGUGGAUACAUUUUCUUCAAAACUUAAUACAAAAAAAUUAAUAAGUUUUAGAACUAAAAUUUUCGUUGCUUCUCGGCGGUACAAUCUUGAAUGAAUUUCUACGAGUUGAACAUAAUAUCAAGAAUGUGCAACAAAAUUUUUAAGUCGUUGGCGAGUUUGACGUAACCGCACAUAAGAAUCAUGAGUUGUUUACAACGUAUAUUAUUAAUAAUAAUAUUUGAAACGAUGAGAAAGCGUAAUGCUCAUACCGAUGGUGAUGGAAAAAGCUCACCUUUUACACAUGUCAAAAAUCAAUGGAGAACUACCAAUAACGGGGCAUCACAUCACGACACGAUUUUCUAUCGAAAUCGUGAACCAUUGACUUCUUUUCAACACGCAGAUAUAUUUAUAAGAAAUGGCGUGGAAGUGAGGUGCGCGUGGAAAAUAGGAAAAGAAAAACUGACAAAAAAUUAUUGUUGCAUCUUCUAAUUGCCAAUACCGGAUCACUGUUACAUUCCCUCUUUUGUACACGAAGUAUUUCUACGGAGAUAAUAAAUAAAAGAAAACCGGAAAGAAAAAAUUUCGAUAUUUUA